AUGUCUGAAACUGAAGAAACAUAUGGAGAAGAAACUGGGGAAGGAGAAGAUGAUAUGGAUAUGGAGGAACAACAAGAAGAGGAACCUGAAGUUGAACAAGAAAACGAAGAUAAACCGGAAAAUGAAGAGGAAGAAGGUCCUCCUGAUAAUCCAUUAACACAAGAAAUAGUUUCAGAAGGAUUAUCACUGAUUUGUAAAACUGGUGAUGGUUUAGCACAUGCUUAUGUUCGUCUCGAUAUCCAUGAAAAAGAGAUAACUGAUUUGGAAAUAUUGAAGAAUUUUAUUCAUUUACGCUACAUUGAUGUUAGUAAAAAUAAUUUGAAAGACAUUUCACCACUUAGUUCUUUGACACAUUUGCUCACAUUAAAAGCUGACGAAAAUCUUUUAACUAGUGCAAAAUUAGCAGAAAUGCCAUUUUUACAGAUUGCAAGUUUUAAUCACAACAAAAUCCAAACAACAGAAGGUGUAAGUCAUCCUAUGUUAGAGCAUCUUUCCUUAAAUUUUAAUAACAUAUCAAGUGUGACUGGUUUAGAUUCUUCCAAGUUGAGCAGAUUACACACCCUUGAAUUACGUGGAAAUAGACUUGAAUCUACAGAUGGAAUUUAUUUACCAAAUCUUAAAAAUCUUUUCUUAGGUGCUAAUGUAUUAAAGAAAUUAGAAGGAUUAGGUAGAUUGAUAAGUUUAACCACCAUGCAUUUGAGAGAUAAUCAAUUAGAGAAUUUAGACGGUUUUUCUGACAGUCAAAAACUUUUACAGUAUAUUAACUUAAGAGGUAAUAAUAUAACCACCGCUAAAGAAGUUACUAAACUCAAAUGUUUACCUAUGCUACGAGCUUUAGUUAUGUCAGAGAAUCCAGCAUCAGAAGAAGAUGACUAUAGAUUAGAAAUAUUAAUAGCAUUAAGGAAAUUAGAAAGAUUAGAUAAAGAUGAAUAUACUGAAGAAGAAAGAACAGAAGCAGAAGAAAUAUUUGAACAUAGACGACAAGAAGCAGAGGCAAAUGAAGGAGUAAGUUUUUAA